GCUGAACAUUAGGGAUAAGUUAGGGAGAAGAACAUUGCAGGACCAUUAAGGUUGGGAUUGCUUGUAUCCAAUGCAAGAUGCUGCAGUUCCAGCUUGUUGUGGUCCAUCUGGCUCUUGUCAUCACCCUGCUGCAGUGGCAUUCUAACUCAGUGCUCCUUGCAGAGGCAGCUCCAGAGUCAUUGGACCCUUCUGCUGCUCUGGACAUGGCAGUGCAUCCUACUGCCAGUGAGGAGAAGUCAGCCUCCAGCCUGGCAGCCAAACUGCUCCUUCUUGAUGAACUGGUGUCUCUGGAGAACGAUGUGACUGAGACAAAGAAGAAAAGGAGUUUUCCAGGAUUUGGUUCCCCAAUCGACAGAAUUUCUGCGACAUCUGUGGACGCUAAAGGCAAACAGAGGAAAGUAGUUGAGCUGCCUAAGAGACGGUUUGGAGUUCCUCUUGAUCGGAUCGGAAUGAGUCGUCUUGGCAACACCAAGGGUUAGCAGUUCCUGCAAGUUCUUCUGUUCUGAAUGAUUGAUGCCAUACAGGAAACAUCACAGAAAUGUGGAAGAUGCAUCAGAGCACAUCUUGUCAUUGACUAAUGAUUCAACACUCAAGGAAUUGACCUCCUGCAAAACCUUCUUCACGUUGUGUUUUACAAACAUUGCAUUUACAAAUAGUAACUAAUUCAGUUCAUCAGAUCAGAAUGCUCUCACAGCUGAGCACAGUGCCACUGAUAGGAGGAGACAGAAAAAAAUGCAUGGUUUAAUAGUAUGGCAUUUAUGUCUUAAACCUGCAGAAAUCCCUUCUCCUAGCAAAGACUGUUCGAAUUUUUGGAUUUAAAAUAAAACUCUCUGAAAAGCCAACAGCAGU